AUGCCCGCGGGCGUAUAUCCCUUGCUCUUCCCUGGGCCCAAUCCCAACUCACCCCCUACACCCACACUACCCUCGGUUUGCGCAUUCGCGCGGCUGGACGGGGAGCUGAAGCCCAGAUGCUGCCUGGUUCUGGAGGAGGACGAGGGCUUCAGCGACUGGAGUCACAGGUUGGAGAAUCGUCCUGAGCAGGAGGUGCAGGAUGACUGCAGAGCCCGAGUGCAGAGACCUUCAACACAACAGAGGAAACCAGAGACUGGAGAGGAGAAACAACAUGAGACUGGAGAGGAGAAACAGCAUCAGACUGGAGAGGAGAAACAACAUGAGACUGGAGAGGAGAAACAACAUGAGACUGGAGAAGAGAAACAACAUCAGACUGGAGAGGAGAAACAACAUGAGACUGGAGAGGAGAAACAGCAGGGCAUCGAAGAGAAGGAGGGAUGUGAGCCAGGACACAGCAGUAGGUCAAAGGAAACUUCAGCAAGACUUCCAGAGAAGAUGUCCAGCUACAGAAAGGAAGUCAGGACGUCGUACAGCUCCACGGUGUUCCUGCCACAGGAUAACAGAUCGCAGCACGCCACGGGCCAACCAGCAGACAGGACGUCCUACCUGGCGGCCGGGACGAUGAAGCCACGCGGAGGGGCCUGCAGGGUGGAUGGAGAGCUGGAGCAGGAGGAGCAAAAGGAAGAGGCACUGGCUGCUCUGCAGAUGGAGCAGAGAUCAGCUGAAACCAGACAAAACCCCAGAGAUGACGAUGACCAGGAGGAAGAAGAGCUGAGAUUCACACACGAAGAGAAGGAAGACCUCCACCACAGCUGGGAGGAGGGACCCAGGGAGGAGGAGGAAGAGGAGGAAGACCUCCGCCACAGCCGGGAGCAUAGACGCAGGGAGGCGGAGGAAGAGUACAAGCUUCGAGACAAGAGGUCAAUGGAGAGCGGGAGGAUUGAGGAGCUGAACAGAGGAUCUGCAGCCUCUCUUUGCAGCAGUAGCGAAGGCGAGGAGCCGUUAAACUACGGUCCGAUGAGCCCCACGUUCAAGAAACUCCUCAUUCAGUUUUACCCAGAUGAAGCAAACAGCAGAGUCCCCCCCGACAGUAAAUGUAAGAUCAUAGAGAGAACUGAAUCACUGAGGAAAAGCACCGGCAGCAUAAAGAAGACGCUGUCACCUGUUGCUGUUUCAAAGAUUGACAAGAAACUGGAGCUGUACACUCAUGCUCUCGAGGUCGCCUCUAAGGAAGGCAGGUCCGGCAGCCAGGUGCUGACGGACCUGACGAGUCCCACUGAAGCCGUCUCGUCCAAGAAGAACCUGUUUGAGGCCGGGGAAGCCUGGAAGCAAAACGCCACCUCAGUCACACCAUCUAAGGAUGCAGAUGGUUUAAAAGUGGGCGUGGCCAAUCUCAUUAAUCAGUGGGUGAAAGAAGGUGAAGAUGGGAGCAGGUGCAGCUCACCUUUUAGACAAGGAGAAAGUUCAACUGGGAAAAGGUCUAAGUUUGUGGUGAUGGGUCACGGCAAGUAUGAGAAGGUUCCUGUGGACAGCAACAGUGAAGAUGCAAACUGCCAGUCAGCUGGACAAUUCUAUGAAGAUCUGUGAAACACAUGCUGGACUUUUUGGAUUCUGAAAACCAACAUUGAUACUGCACAAAUAGUAGCCACUAUCACUUCAUAAUUUUCUGUUAUUCAAGCUUAAAGUUGAAAAAUCCUUUUCUAAUGAUACAUUUCUUGUGGCACACAUUUUACAGCAGGUAGUGAAGCAAAAAGUGAGUCUUUUUUCAGUUUGUACUUCCUAUGUAUUCAGUAGACCUUUUACUAAGCUGAAAUCAUAUGAAUUAAACACAUUUAUGUUUUUUGUCUUAUCAAUAAUGUA